GCCUGUGUACAUCCAGGUCGUCCAGUGUCAGGUGGGAAUUACGGGAGAGCCAUGCCAUUUCUGGGUCAAGACUGGAGAUCUCCUGGGUGGAGUUGGAUUAAAACUGAAGAUGGCUGGAAGAGAUGUGACUCCUGUAGUCAGGAGCUUGAAAGAGAGAACAGCCAGUGUACUGUCACUCACGAUGUUAUCUUAAAUAGUGAAGAUGAAGAAAUAUUCAAUAAUGAAGAGUGCGAAUAUGCUUACAAAAAACGGAAAAAGGACCAUUUCAGAAAUGACACAAAUGCUCAAAGUUUUUAUUGUGAAAAAUGGAUCUACGUCCAUAAAGAAAGCACAAAAGAAAGGCAUGCUUAUUGUACCUUGGGAGAAGCCUUUAACCGGCUAGACUUUUCAAGUGCGAUUCAGGAUAUCCGAAGAUUCACUUAUGUGGUCAAACUAUUGCAGCUAAUUGCAAAAUCCCAGUUAACUUCAUUGAGUGGUGUGGCACAGAAGAAUUACUUCAGCAUUUUGGAUAAAAUCGUUCAAAAGAUUCUUGAUGACCACCAGAAUCCUCGUUUGAUCAAAGAUCUUCUGCAAGACCUGAGCUCUACUCCAUGUAUUCUUAUCAGAGGGGUAGGGAAGUCAGUGCUAGUCGGGAACAUCAAUAUCUGGCUUUGCCGCUUAGAAACUGUCCUUGGCUGGCAACAACAACUACAGAAUCUUCAGAUGACUAAGCACGUGAGCAGUGGCCUCACCCUCAGUGACCUGCCCUUGCACAUGCUGAGCAACGUCUGGUACCGCUUCUCGGAUGGGUGGGACAUCAUUACUCCGGGCCAGGUGACACCCACUCUGUACAUGCUCAGUGAGGACAGGCAGCUGCCGAAGAAGCUGUGUCAGUACCACUUUGCUGAGCAACAGUUCUGUAGACAUUUGAUCCUUUCACAAAAAGGUCAUAUCGAAUGGAAGUUGAUGUAUUUUAUACUUCAGAAAUAUUAUCCAACUAAAGAACAGUAUGAAGACACCUUACAUUUUUGUAGGCACUGCAGUAUUCUUUUUUGGAAGGACUCAGGACAUCCCUGCACUGCAGCUGACCCAGACAGCUGCUUCACGCCCGCCCGUGUCUCCACAGCACUUCAUUGAUCUCUUCAAGUUCUAGAGACAUUCCUCACCCCUGCUGUGCCUGUUGGAGAGUGCACAUUGUGCUUUCUGCGUGGUAGCUGGUAGUAGAUGUUUACUGUGACCAAAAGUCAUGGCAGAAUCCAAGGCCUUCAUAUCCAAAAGGAACAUGAGAAACUGCCCUUCAGUCACCAGGUAGUAGGAAGACGUUGUUGGAUAUUUGCAUCUCUGAAGGAGUCAGGAAAUUCAAACAAAUCAUUUCUAUUUCUUUCUUUCAAACUUCUCUUCUAAGCAAAUUAAAAUUUACAAUUUUGUAUAUUUACAAAUAUAGAUCAGAAAAUAUUUUGGAGCCUAAUUCUAUGUUGAACUGACAAAACCAACCAAGAAUAUGUUUCAUAGUUGUUAAAUUAUAGUUUUCCAUCUUAUAGUAAUUGGGGUACAAGAUAAAACAACUGAUUCUUGUAAA